ACACACAGAAUGUCGUCUUCCGGUACUGCGGCGGUCAGUGGGGGAAGUCUUCCUGCACUGCUGAUGGCGAACGGAGGUGGUGGUGUUGGCGGUGUUGGGGGAGGUGGAGGAGGCGUUAGUGGUAUGGGCGCCGGUAAAGGGAUCGGCAAGCCGGACACCAAACCACCCGGCACGGGCAGCACUCUCGGUGGGGCAGGAACUACCGGUAAGGUACUGCUCGGUGGGGAUAAGCAUGAAACGUGGCAGAUGGAGCUGCUGAUGGAGCGGCUACGGACAAAGGCCAAAUCGGCACAGUACAAAUCCUUCCCGGAGAUGUCCAAAUCCGUGCGGAUGUCACUGCUGGAAAAACGGUACGCCCUGGACGCAGUGGAAAAGUCUAAUCUACAGAAAACACUGGACAGUAUGCAGUAUUGCAUCAAGGUAACCACACGGCAGGGUUUAGUCGAACGACUCGAUUGUCUCACCAGACAGCUAGGUCUCAAACUUAGCGAGGACACUUCCGGCCUUUUCAUCUCGUCCGACAUGUUCUACCUGGAGAUCAUACUCGAUCCAGCCGGUGGUACCGUGCAGGACGUAAAGGUGCACCACGAGUGCAAGAUGAAGCAACAGAGCUGUAGUGAGCUGGUCGCAUGCUUACAACGCGGUGACUUUGCCGAUUUCACCACCCAGCUUGAGGGAUUAGCUUCGAUCUAUCAGCUCAAUGCAGAGAAAAAGAUUAAGGUGAAUGCAUUCGUUGCUCUGCAAGCGCUCGAAACUGAUCUGCACACGCUGUACACAUUGUCGAUGCAACACUUUCCGGAUGUACAUUCGCAGCUGCUAAAGGCACCGCUCGGAGUGGUGCAGAAGCGCCGUGGAGGACAUCCAAUGCGACUGACGUAUUUUGUCGCACCGUACGAAUUGCUUGAUCUAGGGACACGUACCAUGAACGUCCUGUCAGCCGAACUGAUCGCAAAAGAACGCAUCGGAUGCAGUGUGGCCGUAGUGUUGGAAGCGUCCAGCGCGAACAAACUGCAAAUACAGCCACUGUUGGUAGGGAAUGGAGGGAGUGGCAGUGGUGCACCAUUGUCCGGAACCGUUCAGCCCAUUUAUACACCGAUCGAGAAACACAAUUCUACCUCGCUGCCGGCCACAUUCGUGCUGCGGCUUAGCAAACCGAUGCCUAUUAAUGGUGCAAUGAUGCGUUCGAUCCGGAUGAUUGUUGGUGGCAGUGAGCAGCAAGCUGUUGCGGAUGGAACGGCUAGUAUGAGUAGUAGCCUACCGACCUCUCUUCUUGGACUGAUCGCUCACCACACUUCCGGUGGAAGCGUUACGGAUCUUGCCAAGGGUUUACUUGUGUCCUUACCGGAUCAGUAUCAUUGCUACUAUCUUACGGACAAUCCACUGCUCCGAGGAGUGAUGGUGAGCAGCAUCCCGUUCACCGAACCACAGCACGUCCCGAAAAUUCUAACCUACCUAAGACAGCAGGCCAUUUUCAACCAAUUACUGUCGAGCUGUAUCCGUUCGAAUGUCUCGUCUGCCGGGGGAGGUCGUCCUAGUGCUUUGCAACUCCUGCUAGAUGGUGGUACACACACGAUAGAAAAUGGUGCCACCGGAGGACUGCUCGUGUUUGAAGUGAGUGCCCUCUCCUGUCAGAACAUAACCGUAUCGCUCAUACAUCCGUACGAAGAAUCGUUAGCGACGGUUGAGUUUGAUCUGCAAAACAUUGCCAAUAUUGUUGUGCGGAUCUACUGCAGCGAGGGAGAAACCAGCGAUGAGCAUACGGUGGAUCGUCUUUCGGCCAUUUUGCAACGAUGUAUGUCGAUUCCGGUGACACUGCGCGCGUUGAUGAAGCUCUGGGAGGAGGAACACGAGCAGAAGUUUAAACCGAAUGUGCUCGGAAGUGCUGCUAUUACGACUUCCGGCAGUGGAGGUGGUGGGGGAGGCGGAAUAGGAGGUGCAGGAGGUGGUGGUGAUGGUUCUGGAACGCCCGGUGGUGGCGGGGUCACCGGACCCAGUGAAGAUGGAAGCAUGAAUGGAUUCAACCUAUCGUCGCUCGGUGGUCCAGCAUCAACGGUUGAUGGGGCUGGCGGCACUGGUGGAGGUGGUAGUGCAGCCGCUAAUGGCACAUCCGCUCAGCAAACCAGCAAUCAGCGAGGUGGACUAAUGAAUGGCGAAGGAAGCCUAGGACUCGAUUUUUGUGAUAUGCUCACGGAACGGAACGGAAACGGAUUGGGUGCGAUGAUGGGGGCUAAUGGAAGGGUGGCCGGAGGGCUGGGGACCCGGGAGCCACCGGAACCGUUAGCGGGUGGAGCGGCAAAGAAACGACGCAUGGAGGAUUUUUGUAAGAGCCCAAAGAGUGAUAGCAACCUUAGCGUUGGUGGUGGUGGCGUUAGUGACGUUGGUGGUAGUAGCGGAGAUGUGGAAAAAGCCAAUGUCACCAUUACCAACACCACCACUACGGCCACGGUUACCAGCCAGGAUGUGGCAGACGUAACAGUAAAAAGCGAACAGCGCGUGCAAGCUGGCGGUGCAACGGAGGAGGACACCGGCGGGUUGCCACUGUUCGGCGAAACGGUCCCGAUGGGCGGGACCGAAGCGAAGGGCAGCUCUUUGGGUGGAACGCUUACAAACAUAAUUUUAUCGGCAAAGAAUGAACCUCUUCCGAGCGUCCUCCCGAACGAGGAUGGUGACGAACCCGUCAAAAUGCCGCUCCAAUCUUCCUCUUCCUCCUCCUUAUCUUCUCUAUCCUCGUCGGGGUUUUCGCUGACCGGUGGUGCACCAUCCGGUGAGUCGGAACGGCCCUGUCCGGGUACGCUACUGCUCGAAAGUCUCGAGAGUGCUUCGCUCGAGCUGGAUUCGAUGAAAAAAUCUUCCGGCCAGUCCCAGGCGAAGCGACGACGAAGUUCGAGCAGUUCCAGUUCCAGUUCGAGCAGUAGUUCGAGUAGCAGUUCGAGCAGUUCGAGCACUUCCGCUGCAUCGGAUGAGGUGGAAGAAAGCGUCGAUCUGGUCGAGGCAGAAAUGAGCAGCUUUUUCGCUGAGGUUAGCAAUACUCAACCGACACCAACUACCGGAGUACCGGCGAAAACAUCUUAUGGUCCUUCAUCUGGCAAGCCAGCAUUGGGAGCUGUAUCACCAAUUUCCGGAAAAGUCGUAUCAGCUGCUGGGAAUAGUGGACUGGACAAACCAAUCGGAGCUAUUGGUCUUUCCGGGUUGGAAAUAAUACCUCUUACAACAGGAAGUACCAACAUUACGGCAACCGUUACAACCAACACACCGAUAAUAACGGCUCCGGAAAUCCUUACCAACAGUACGUCAACUACAUCCCUAACGACUACGUCCUCAAGCACGAAAAAGUCCUCAUCCUCAACAAGCAGCAGUAGCGGAGGGUAUCGGAAAGGAUCGUCAGAAUCGUCGGAACGGUCCAGUUCAAGCAAGUCAGACAAGAAGAAAAAGCGCAAGGUUGAUGAUUCGGGCCAUCUAGCAAUGGGUCCGCCGAACAAGCUGCCGUUCAAAUCUGGUGAAUCUUCGCCACAUCGGAGCGGUCUCGGCAGUGCAUCGGGAUCGUCUUCGAACAAAGCUAGCCCGAAGCGUGCCAGUCCGGUGCAUCACAGCAGUCCCAAACAUACCGGCAGCAGUGCGUUGGGGUUUCACAGUCCCAAGCAUGGUUCAUCGGUGUCUCCGAAGCAUCCGCUCCAUUCGGGCGGUAGUUCAACCGGUGGCGGGAAGCCUAGCAUGUCUGCGUUGAAGUCAGCAGCAGCUAGUGGCAGUUCACCUGGAACGAAGUCAUCUGACGCGAGUGGUGGUGGUGGUGGUGGAGGAGGAGGAGGAAGCGGUGGAGUAAGCAUGUCCUCCUCUGUUGGUUCAUCCAAGGAACGUGAUAAGGAGCGCUCGGAAAAGAAAGCGCUUCAAUUUUCCACGACCAGCGCCUCUACUGGCUCAUCGCUGACAGCAAGCAGCUCAGGAUCUAGUACCGGUGGUCGAUCGAAAACCUCGGGACUGAAGUUAAAACAGCUCGAAUUGGCUGCAACUACUGGGCCUUCGAUGACGAUUUCGAUGGGAGACUCCGGUUCUAGUUCACCCGUCGCGCCAAUGAUUGAUCUUACUGGACACGGUCCUGUACAAGCAUCUUCGUUGGGUAUGCUGGGACUUCCAGGAUCGGGGUUAACCACAGCUAGUUCAAUGCUGCAAGCUCUGCAGGCUGCAAAAAACCGUAAAGCACCAUCUUCAGCCGGUGGCACAGGAUUGGGUGGAUCGUUAAGUGCCGUGAUCGAUAAGCUCAAAUCGGCACAAUCUGCGGACGAUGAAGCAGUCCUGGUACUGCCGGAAAUGACGAUCACUCAACAGACGACGAGCACACCGAUAAUGGUGGCUGGUACUGGUGGUAUCGGUGCGGGCCUAAACAUUGGUGGCUUUGGAUCGCUAAGUGGCGGCACAAUUAAAGAUGCUUCCAAGUCGGGAAGCAGUUUACUAUCAGCGACAGGCUCCGGAUCUCUGGUCAAUUGUGUUUCUUCCACGACAACCAUUGGUGCUGCCCUAACCCAAUCCAGUUCCCUGACGAGUGCUCCAUCCCUGACGGCAGCGCUGACCAGCGGGAAAGCGUCCGAGUACAUGGUAAAGCCCAGCUCGGACGGCAUCAAGCUGACAAUCCAGAACAAGAAGGGUUCCAGCAGUAAAAGCUCCUCCUCCGGCAAUAGUAGCAGUGGCGGAUCGAAAUCCGGUGGUAACAAAUCUGGCCUAAAGUCUGGCGUAUCCAGUGGUCCUGCCUCGUCCAAACAGCAGCAACCGAACCAUACUACCUCCUUCAGUGGAGCCUUCCCCUCGUCGACGAAGACUCCACACUACACCAGCUCCUCGUCUAGUUCGUCCAAGACACCGUUUCAGAAGUCGAACUCGUUCGGUUCGCUUGGUGGUGGUGGUGGUACCGGUAUGAAAGCUUCCUCCAAGGUAAGCUCACCGAAGUCCACAUCGAACCCAGCCAGUUCGUCCUAUUCGUCGAAGGAGAAAGGUGGUCCUGGUCGUUCGAAGUCAUCAUCCGCUACGUCGUUGACCGGUGCGAUGUUGAGUGGAGCGUCUGGAGGUGGAGGGACUGGGACAUCUUCUGCGUUAGUUAAUCCGAUAUCGAUUAUGAAGAUGCUUGGCUAUCCAACCGGAUCGAUGGGUAAUAUGGAGGGCUUUGCGAAGUCACUUGACACAAAGUUUCAAAUACCGAAACUUUCGGCGCGCUCUAACACCAACUCUACUGCUGGUGGCACUGGACACAGCGAUAGUAAUGAGGGUACGGGCAAGAGUGUAAAGGAGUCUGUCGCGAGGAAACAGAAGCAACAGCUACCUAUUACAUCUUCAUCACAAUCGGCGGUUGGAUCCUCACCGUUAAGAACGUUCGCUACAUCUCCAUCCGGCGAUGCAAGUGCUCGAUUGCUGUCUGACCUGCUUGGAGCUGCAGCUAAGAGUGGUAGUAAAAUGGGCUCAGCUGCCUCCGGAGCGUCCGUCGAUGGUGGUGGCGCUGCACUACAUCCACUCCUUCCGAACAUUGUCCAGAAGAUGUUUGGCAGUGAUGGAACGCUUCAGAGCAAAUCGAACAGUUCCGAUGGAAAUAUGUUUCCUGCCGCUGGACGUGCAUCUCCCGGUAUGCUGUCGGGAGGAAGUGCCAGUAGGGAUGGAUUUCGAUCCGGUCCAGGAUCUGCUCCGGGAACACCGACGACAACAGGUUCGAUGGUGCUGCCACCGUUUCCAUCUCCCGUCUCGGGUGGUGCGUCCAACGAUGGUGAUUUGGGAUCAUCUAGUGCAGGUUCGCUAAUGCGACCACCAUCGCGACCGAGCAGUACGAUAUCGAAUCAUUCCCAUUCUUCGCAGGAUGGUAUUGGUGGUGGUGACGUUUGUACACCGCCCGUUGUUACCUCGAUGGCUUCGAUGAUGAUGAUGAGUGCAAUGGGUGGUUCGGCCGGUGGACAAUCACCCGUAUUGGAUAGUACCAGUACUCAGCAGCUUAUAGCAGCACUGGCCGCAAAGACUGGUGCCGCUGCUGCCGGUGGUGUCCUUCCACCGCCCAACAGUCUGCUCAACAAUCACACUGGCCACUUGCACCAUCAUAGCAAUCAUAUAAACAAUCACAUCGUCGGUGGAGCGGGUUCUGCCCUAAACAAUCUUCCUUCACCGGCAGCUGUUUCGGUGCAUUUGGUUAAAUCGCCCGCUCCCUCUCCACUACCCUUCACCUCACCUCACUCUAAUGCAUCGUCCACGCACGGUGGUGGGCCUGGCGGUGGUGGCGUUGGACUCGAUGACGAGCUAAUGGACGAAGCGCUGAUCGGUAUAGGUAGUAAAUGACAUACAGGAUGAGGCCACGGCAUGACGUGGAUGGUUCGAAGCUA